CUUCUGCGCUUCCUUCUGCGGCGGCUCUUUGGAUUGGGGCCGCUUCUUUCCCGCUCCCCGUAAAGAAUCUCGUCUCCCGGUUUCCCACGACCCGCGCUGGCAGCUGAGCGAUGGCUCGACGCGUGCUCGGGGCGGUACAUUGUGGGUUUCCGGGGUGGCUCUUGAGGUUUGAACCCACAACCUUCCUUCGGACGAUGGACUUAAUCCCUAUUGCUGACUUGGCCAGCUUCAAGGAGCCUCCAUUCUUGAAAAGCCCAGCAUGGAUUCUCCUGUGGUCCUAGAUAAAGACUCCCAGUUUUCCUCCCUUGAGCCUGAUGAUCCGGUCCCAGUAAAGAAGUUUUAUCAGGGUGAACCUGUGGCCCUGGGGAUUACACAGAUAUUAAUAGGAAUCAUAGGAAUAGUUUUUGGGAUCCUGUUCAACUUUAUUGAUAAUGGUGAUUCUACUUACUUCCUGCUUAUAAAGAUACCCUAUUGGGGUGGAAUCUUGCACAUUAUUUCUGGAUCCUUAACUGUGGCAGCUGCUCGGAAUCCCAAGAUCCCUCUGGUGAAAGGUAUGCUGGCAAUGAAUGCAAUAAGUGCCAUUACAGCUGGCCUUGGGAUCGUAUUCCUGUUUUUCUCAGUCAGCCCCUUGCUUCCAUUUGAUUUUGGCAACAACUGCAACUAUCAUCGUUACGACACUAAGGAAAAAUGUGAUGAAAUCCAGAAUAUCGGUAAGGGAAUAUUGAUUUUUCUUAUUGUGUUGGCUAUCCUGGAGUUUUGCAUCUCCAUCACGCUUGCGUCUUUUGGCUGUAAGAUUCUUUGCCGAGACCCCUUCACUGAAACGGUUGUGGUUGUUUAUCAGAAUGUGACACCUUCCAGUGCUGAACAACAUCCACCCUUCAACUGCAAACAGACAGCAAUUCACCCCUGAAUUCAUUUUCUUUCAUCGCAGCUCUUCCAGAAUGCAUUGGCCACCCACAGAUGGAAGCCUUAAAUGUUUUAAAGGAAUUGCACAGAACUUUUUAAUCAGUGGAACAUAAAGGAUUGAAUAGACUAAGCCAGAAGUGUCAAACUCGAUUUCAUUGAGGGCUGCACCAGGGUUGUAUUUGAACUCAGGGCAUGGCCAGGGGCCA